AUGAAAAAACAGCAUUUUGAUUUUUAAGAGUAUAUUACCCGCAUAGAAAGUUUACUAGAUAUUGAUCAUAAAUGCUAAUUACUCGAUGUGGCAUUUUUAUGUUACUAAGCAGGAGCUUCUAACAAUGAUUCAAAAAUUAUUAGAAAAUCAUAUUCCCUUAUUUGUUCCAAUAAUCAGGAAUACAAAAAUAAUAAGAAAACAUUAGAAGGAUUAUAAUUAGAUUAUGAUAAAUAUAUUAAUGGAACCAAAAAUAUAGAUGCCCUAAUUGAUGAUUUGUUUAUAGAAUUUAAUUCUGGGCUUUAGGAAAUCAAGAAUUCAUAGAUUGACAUAUAAAAUGGAACUUCAAAUGACUAUGCAACACUAAUAACCAAAAAUAAAAAAUUAGAUUAUGAGAGCUACACUAUAUAGCAAAAGAAGGGAGAUGAAAAAAAAAAUAAUAAAUAAAAAAUCAUAAUAACUGAAAUAGAAAAUCUUAACUAAUUUCAAUAAAAUGAGAGGCAGAAUAAUGCUGAAUAGCAAGAUUAUAUUUUGAAUCAUAAUCUGAUUGAUACUCAUACUUUAAAUAAUUUAAAUUUAGUUAAAGUUCCUCCUAUUCUUAAAAUGGAAGAAAUCUGCAAAUUGUCAAUAGAAUAAUCGAAACAAAUUUAGCAACAGUAAUAUAAUGAGUUUAGAAAAUAAGAAUAGUCCAAAUCAAUUUUUUUUCAAUCGAAAAGUUAGAGAAGCUAAAUUAUGUAAAAAGCAAAAUGUACUAUUUGUUUAGAAAAUAUAUAAUCAAACUAAUAUAUUCUUACUGCUUGCUAGCAUAUAUAUCAUAAAUAGUGUUUAAAUAAUUUAAUCGAAGCGUAAGUUGAUUUACCAAUAAGAUGUCCUAAUGUAGAAUGUAGAUUAGAAAUAUUAAGAGAUGAUUUAGAAUAAAUAACAACAAAGUAAACUAUGGAUAAAUUGGACAAAUUUGCUUUCAAUUAAUAUUUGAUUUCACAUCCAAACAUUUUUCAAUGUCCAACUUAAAACUGUUAAGGAAUUUAUGAAAUAGAAGGACCAAUACAGGUAUGCAUGAUAUGCCAAUAAAUAUUUUGUACAAGAUGCAAGAGGCAAUUUCAUGAUGGAGUUUGUGGAGAAUAAAGUUUUGUUGGCUUAGCUCGGGAAUAAAGUUAUAAGUAAUGCUCAAUGUGUAACAGAUGGAUAGAGAAAAUGUAUGGGUGCAAUCAUAUAUCUUGUCCUUGUGGACAUGAAUUUUGUUAUGCAUGUGGUAAAUAAUGGAUAAAGGGAAUGGAAUGUAGAUGCAUAGAGACUCAAUAAAAUGAAUUACUUUAAACUCAAUAAGAAAUAUAUAGGCAACCGGUAUAAUACUAAUAUCCUGUGUAAUAAUAAUAGUUUGAGUAAUAAUAAUAGUUUGAGUAAGAAUAAUAGAUUGUGUAAGAAUAAUAGCAGUUCUAAUAAUAGUAACGGAGAUAAAAUCGUUAAACUAAUCAAUAAAAUUACACUAGAUAAACAUAGCAAAUUAGAAAUUUAUACGAUACACUAUCAUAUUAUUUUAAAAUUGAUCAAAAUUAUAUUUAAAACACAUAAAGUUAUGAAUUUCUCAAAAAUUAUGGUUUAACAUUUUUAGGACGACUUAAGAGAAGAUGA